AUGAAAGUGAUUGUGUGUUGCCUCUUUAUCAUUGUGAAUAUUAGCAAUAAUGGUAAAGCCUCCUUGGAGAGUUUUGCGCCUACAGGAACUAAAACUCUCUUUGAGGAUACAACUAAAAACUUAGAAAAAAUAUCAUGUUACCGACCUUGCAAGUUCAAUGUGAAGCCAAAACGUUGUCAUUAUAAUUUUAAAAUCGAGCCUACUAUCCAAGAAAAUGGGAAACCAGCCAUUACAAUCAACGGGAUGAGCCCAGGACCACCUAUACAGGCCUGUGUGAAUGACAUUAUUAUAGUAGAGGUACAAAACGGUAUCCUGAACCAGGACUUGAGCAUGCACUGGCACGGAGUUGACCAGAAAGGAACUCCAUAUAUGGAUGGUGUGCCAAUGAUAACUCAGUGUCCAAUUGCUUACGGACAAACAUACAAAUAUGCAUUUGUAGCCAGUUCACCAGGAACAUUCUUUUAUCAUGCUGACUCAGUGUCUCAUCACAGCGACGGCGUUUAUGGUUCUCUGAUCAUAAAUCAACCGCAACCAUUAGAACCACAUUCAUCACUUUAUGAUUAUGACAGGAGUGGAGAGAACACGCUGUUGAUCGGUGCGACAUUCCCUGAGCUCUUGACUGCGAAGCUUGAGGAUGUGAGCGAGUUGCCGCCUGAUGCCUUGGUUAUUAAUGGGGAUGGUGAUAUUGCCAAAGUUGUCGUUAUGGCGGGCUUCGCGUACAGACUGAGGUUGAUAAAUGCUAUCGCAAUCGAAUGCCCUGUUACCGUAAAUGUAGAAAAUCACGAAUUUAUAGCAAUUGCAACCGACGGCAAACCUACGAAACCUGUUUUAGCUAGAAGCGUGGAAUUAUAUCCAGGAGAGCGUAUGGAUGUGGUAGUUCGGGCAUCCCAAGAAGGUGGUGGUUACUGGAUUCGGGCGCAAGGACGCGGCGCUUGCGCAGGUAUCAGCGCUAAUGCGAUGCUUAUCUAUUCCGGGUUUAACUACACUUCAAUGUUGCAAGAACAUCAGAGCGAGCUUGAAAAUUCAAAGUGGGGAUCUGAUAUUAUCUUAGGAAGUCAGAUGAUGGAGUCCCUUCAAGACCUUAGCCUUGCAUCAAACGUGAAACACGUAUAUUUGGGAAUAGACAGAAACAUAAUAAAGGUGAAAGAGACUGAUCACGACUUCAGGUAUUUCAUUGAUGCGAUACCUAAGAAGCCUUAUUUUCCCGCACCGUUAACGCUCCAAGAAAAUGGUAUAGUUCAAAUAAAUGGUAAGAGUUUUCUUUAUCCUAAUGAACUGAUGUUACUUAAACCUUGGGAUGUUCGCGAAGACUUCAUCUGCAAGGUCGGUGAUGAAGAGAAACAAGAAGAAUCACAAUGUGUGCAAGUACUGGAUGGAGCUGAAGGAGACGAGUUUGAAAUUGCUCUUGUAAAUGAAGGUUUUGGCAGCAAUGACUCAUACACAUUUCACAUGCACGGCUUCAGCAUGCAAGUCAUUGCCACAUGGCAGAAUCCUAAGAAUAACCCGAUCUCGAAACAAGACUUCGAAAAGUUAAACAAAGAUGGGAAAAUAUUGAGGAAUCUUUUAAACCCCCCAAUGAAAGACACAAUAACGGUACCCAACAAGGGCUACACUAUUGUUAGGAUCAAGCUCGAUCGUGGAGGCAAUUGGUUGUUAGAGUGCAGAUCCUGUGCCCUUUCGUCCCUUCCAGUGGCCAUUGUCAUUAGGGUUCCACUGACGAUACCAAAGGUUAUUGCGGAGUCAUUACCGAAGUGUGGGAGUUACAGGCCUCCAGACGUUUUACUCAACUGA